AUGUUGAGCGCCGUUCGUCGCGGGCCGGCCCUGGCGAGAGCGCUUCGAGUAUGCGCUCCUCGGGCCUUGCAGUCUACUAAGACUACGCCUAGUCUGGUCGCAAACUUCAAAACUACCCUGCCACCAGCUUAUUCUCCCGCAUCUCAAGUUCGAUUGUUCCAAUCUACGGUCUCUCCGAAGCAGGCCAAUGCUGCAGCUCAGAGCCAGGAAACUCCCAAGUCUAUUGACCAAUUUAACGAAUUGGCAGUCCAGGGGCUGGUGCACCCGCGUAUCAUUCACGCCAUUACCGAAAAAAUGGGCAUUCAUACCAUGACGGACGUACAACGCCUCACAAUUCCGCAUUCUAUUCAGGGGGUUGACACUUUGGCUCAAGCAAAAACCGGUACCGGAAAGACACUCGCCUUUCUUGUUCCUGUGCUUCAAAGGAUCAUGACCAACGAUCCUAGUCUGGCUCAAAGGACAAGAGGGCCAGCAAGAUCGCAUUCUGAGGACAUCCGUGCUAUUAUAAUCUCGCCUACCCGUGAACUCGCUGAACAGAUAGCUGUGGAGGCUAGGAAGGCUGCAACUGGUACUGGAAUUGUCGUUCAGACCGCUGUAGGAGGAACAAGAAAACAAGAGGGUUUAGCACGAAUCUUAAGAGAAGGUUGCCAUAUCCUCGUUGCAACACCUGGUCGUCUUAAGGAUAUCUUGUCAGACUAUAGCAGUCGUGUCAGUGCACCCAACCUGGAUGUUCUUGUUCUUGACGAAGCCGACCGCCUGUUGGACGAUGGCUUUGGUCCGGAGAUUGAAAGCAUACAAAACCUUCUUCCCGACCCGACCGUUAGGGACCGACAGACCCUGAUGUUUUCUGCAACGUUGCCCCGUGAAGUCAUGGGUAUGGUACGCAGGACAAUGAAACCCGGCUUCGAAGUCGUCAACACUGUUGCCAAAAAUGAGGUUCCCACACAUCUGAGGGUACCCCAGAAGGCGGUCUUCUGUCGAGGCUUUGAAAAUGGACUUCCAGCUUUUCUGGAGAUUUUGAGAAAGUACAAGGCACGUGAAGCGACGGAACCCAACCUGCGACCACUGAAGGCUAUCGUCUAUUACAACACUACAGCUGAAGUUCAAUUUGUUUAUGAAGCGCUUGGGCAGAUGCUCAAUGACCCCACAGACCGCCGUAGCGGCAACCCUAUCGGACGUAACAUCUUCCGUAUGCACUCCAGGCUUUCUCAAGCCCAGCGAACUCAUUAUUCCGAGGCCUUCCGGCGCUCCCACACCGGUAUUUUGAUUUCAUCUGAUGUCACUGCUCGAGGCUUGGACUUCCCUGAUGUUACGCAUGUGAUUCAAAUGAGUGUUCCGAAAACUCGCGAAUCUUACAUUCACCGCUUGGGUCGUACCGGUCGUGCCAACAAAGAGGGUGAAGGUUGGAUUAUCAUUCACGAUGAAGAAGAUGAUGUUUUCUUCCAGAGACUAGGUGACCUGCCUAUUGAACAGGACGAGUCCAUUGAGACCGCCAAUGUCGAUCUAUCUGGCAAAGAUCAAUUGACCGGGCAAUCCAAAGAUAUCAUCAACCAAGUUACAGCAGCUCUCCGGUUGAUUCCUUACGAAGAGAAGGAAACGGUUUACCGUGUUCAGAUGGCAGCUAACGCCUUUAACUUCCGGCGCAAGCAAAACUUUGUACAUGCGCUUAAUAAACUUGCCACACAAGGAUGGGGUCUUCCUGAACCACCAAAAGUUCCUUCAACGCUUGCAAGUAAGCUCGGUUUCAACGGACUUUCAGGGAUUAAUAUCGGUGGGGAUGAGCGACGAUCUUCCUAUAACGCUCGUCAUGGCGAUAGGAACAAUUUUGGUGGUGACAGAUCACGAUUUCGGCGCCCUCAAAGAGACAGGGUUGAUUGGAGUGGGUUUUCUGACAGCGAUCAUGCGCAAAGGCGCUUUGGUUUUGAUUCACUCCGAGGCCGCCGUUAG